UUUUUUUUCGGCUUCUCUCUUCCACUCUCCCUCUGUCUCUCCCUCUCUCUGAUCUCCGAGCAUAUAACGGAUCGAACACCCUGCCAUUUCUCUCCCACUACUCAUCUCUCUCUAUAUAUACAUUUUCGAUGUAUGCGCCUCAAAGUCCGCAUUUCAGUUUCACAACCAAAACACACCCUUCCUCCUUAACACACUUCAAUUUAAUUCUAGAAACAGCAAGCACAAAGGAGCGAAAAGAGAUCCACCCAAUUUUCCACUGGAAAUGGCGCUCUCCUCUGUUAACUUCUUGUUUAGUUUCUUAGUCUCCUCCAUCAUUUUAUGGCUUGUGUUCAUGUUUGCUUCCAGGUUGUUGGCUUGGAUCCUAAGCCGGAUUAUGGGAGCAUCUGUAGGAUUUCGGGUUGGAGGAUGGAAAUGUUUAAGGGAUGUUGUUGUCAAGUUCAAAAAGGGUGCUGUUGAAUCUGUAUCUGUUGGUGAAAUCAGAGUCAGCUUACGGCAAUCCUUGGUUAAACUCGGGGCUGGUUUUAUUUCUAGGGACCCAAAACUGCAGGUGUUAAUAAGUGAUUUAGAAGUUGUAAUGAGAUCAUCAAAUAAAACAGCAACGAAAAGUAGAUCUCAAAGGCCUCGUAAGUCUGCCAAAGGAAAGUGGAUGGUUGUGGCUAAUGUGGCCAGAUUUUUAUCAGUUUCUAUAACAGAAUUGGUUGUAAAGAUGCCCAAAGCUACUAUUGAAGUUAAAGAACUUAAAGUGGAUUUGUCUAAAGAUGGUGGAUCCAAGCCGGCUCUGAUUGUUAGGUUACACCUUUUGCCCAUUGUUGUUCACUUGGGUGAGCCACAGAUUAAUUGUGAGCACUCAUCCAGCUUUAACCAUGGUUCUGGUAACCAGGCAUCAUUUUCCUUGAUGGAAAGGACCUCUGCUCCUUUCUGCUGUGAGGAAUUCUCUCUUUCAUCUGAAUUUGGUCAUGAUAGGGAAACAGGUGUAAUUAUUAAGAACGUGGACAUUACAGUUGGAGAAGUCACUUUAAACUUAAAUGAGGAACUCUUUCUUAAAAGGAAGAAUCCAUCUGACUCCUUUUCUCAGGCUGCCGAAGUUGUAGAGUCGACCAUUGAAUCUAACACUACUAAAACGGCACAGAAAAAACAAGCAACACUUUUGUCUGUGACAAAGAAUGCUUCUAUGAUCCCAGAGAAGCUAUCCUUCAGUUUGUCCAAGUUGGACAUGAAGUUUGUGCAUAAGGGACAUGAUCUUCUUGUUGAGAAUAACAUCAUUGGUAUUCAAGUGAAAAGCAUCAAAUCCCGGUGUUUUGAGGAUGCGGGGGAGAGCACACGCCUUGAUAUUCAAAUGGAUUUCAGUGAGAUUCAUGUUUUCAGAGAAGCUAGCAUUUCCGUCGUGGAGAUACUAAAACUUAAUGUUGUUUCUUCUUCUUACAUUCCUUUACAGCCUACCUUACCUAUCAGAUCUGAAAUUGAUUUUAAGCUUGGGGGUACUCAGUGCAACAUUAUAAUGAGCAGACUAAAGCCAUGGAUUCAACUGCAGUCCUCAAAAAGGAAAAAAAUGGUGCUUCAAGAUGGAAAUCCUAAUCCCCACAGGCCGCAGUCAACUGAAUCCAAAGUGAUCAUGUGGACUUGUACAGUUUCAGCACCAGAAAUGACUAUUGUUCUUUAUAGUCUGAGAGGUUCACCCCUAUAUCAUGGUUGCUUGCAAUCAGCACACGUGUUUGCCAAUAACAUUUCAAGUACAGGCACUUCAGUACACAUGGAACUUGGUGCACUAAAUUUACACAUGGCUGAUGAAUAUCAAGAAUGCUCAAAAGAAAGCCUGUUUGGUGUGGAAACAAAUACGGGUUCUUUAAUGCAUUUUGGAAAAAUUAGCCUAGAUUGGGGGAAAAAAGACAUGGAAUCACUUGAAGAAGAUGCUCCUAAGAGUAAAUUAGUUCUCUCUAUUGAUAUGACUAGUAUGGGUAUUUUCUUGACCUUUAAGCAUAUUGAGUCCCUAAUAUCAACGGCUAUGUCCUUUAAAUCUUUGUUGAAAAGUUUAUCGGCUUCUAGUAAAAAACCACCAAUGAGCCGAGGAGGGAACUCAUCCAAACCGUCAGGGAAGGGGAUUCAACUCUUAAAAUUUAAUCUUGAAAGAUGCUCUGUAAACUUCAGCGGUGAUGUGGGCUUGGAGAACACAGUUGUUGCAGACCCCAAACGGGUGAAUUAUGGAUCUCAAGGUGGUCGAGUUAUAAUUAGUGUCUCAGCUGAUGGGACACCACGCACUGCAAACAUAAUGUCCACAAGUUAUGAUGAGUGCAAGAAGUUGAAGUACUCUGUAUCUCUUGAAAUCUUCCAUUUCAGUCUGUGUAUGAACAAGGAGAAACAGUCCAUGCAGGUGGAGCUUGAAAGAGCAAGAUCUAUCUAUCAGGAAUAUGUGGAAGAUGAUAGGCCAGGGACAAAAGUGGCAUUGUUUGACAUGAAGAAUGCGAAGUUUGUGCGCCGAUCUGGUGGUCUUAAAGAUAUUGCUAUUUGCUCUCUUUUUAGUGCUACUGAUAUUACAGUCAGGUGGGAGCCUGAUGUGCACAUAGCAUUAUUUGAGCUUGUGCUACAUGUGAAGUUACUCGUACAGAAUCAGAAGCUUCAAGGACUUGAUGACAAUCAUAUGGAAGACACUUCGAGUGUUAGAGGUAAUGAGCAGAAGAAAGAAACCUCUGUAGAGUCGAUACAAUAUGAAAAACAAAACAAGAAAAGGGAAUCUCUUUUAGCUAUUGAUGUUGAAAUGCUGAGCAUAUCUGCGGAGGCUGGAGAUGGGGUUGAUGUCAUGGUUCAGGUUCAAUCAAUUUUUUCUGAGAAUGCCUCUAUCGGAGUACUUCUUGAAGGACUUAUGCUCAGUUUCAAUGAAGCUAGAGUAUUUAAAAGUAGCCGGAUGCAAAUUUCUCGCAUUCCUAAUGUCUCUAGUGGUUCAUCUGACAUGAAACUUGAGGCAGGCCCUACAUGGGAUUGGGUUAUUCGAGGCCUUGAUGUCCAAAUUUGCAUUCCAUUCAGGUUGCAGUUGCGUGCCAUUGAUGAUUCUGUUGAGGAAAUGUUGAGAGCUUUGAAACUUGUCACUGCCGCUAAAACCAAACUGAUAUUUCCAACAAAGAAAGAAAGUGAAAAACCUAAAAAGCCUAGUUCAACAAAAUUUGGAUGUGUGAAGUUUUGCAUACGUAAAUUAACUGCUGACAUUGAGGAAGAACCGUUACAGGGUUGGCUUGAUGAACACUAUCAGUUGAUGAAGAAUGAGGCUUGUGAAUUAGCUGUCAGGUUGAAGUUUCUCAACGAACUUAUUUCCAAAGGCAGGCAAUGUCCUGAAACUGCUGAAACAGUGGAUUCUACUCAGGAAGGCAAGAUUCUUUAUAAUGGAGAGGAAAUUGAUGUUCAAGAUGCUUCAGCUAUUCAGAAAAUGGAAGAAGAGAUUUAUAAGCAAUCAUUCCGGUCGUAUUACCAGGCAUGUCAGAAUCUUCUGCUAUCGGAAGGAUCAGGUGCUUGUAAGGAAGGGUUUCAGGCUGGUUUCAAGCCUAGCACUGCCAGAACUACUCUUCUUUCUAUCUAUGCGACAGAGUUAGAUGUAAGCUUGACAAGAAUUGAAGGUGGUGAUUCUGGGAUGAUAGAGGUUAUACAGAAGCUUGAUCCUGUAAGUCGAGAAUAUGACAUUCCAUUUUCUCGACUUUAUGGCAGUAAUAUUGUUUUGCAUGCGGGCUCUCUUGUUGCACAGUUAAGAAACUACACGUUUCCACUUUUCUCUGCAACUUCUGGUAGAUGUGAAGGUCGCAUUGUGUUAGCUCAACAGGCGACAUGCUUUCAGCCCCAAAUUUGCCAAGAUGUGUUCAUUGGGAGAUGGAGGAAGGUUUGCAUGCUUCGUUCACUCAGUGGCACUACUCCACCAAUGAAAACAUUCGCAGAUUUGCCCAUACAUUUUCAGAAAGCAGAAGUUGGCUUUGGAGUGGGUGUUGAGCCAUCUUUUACUGAUAUCAGCUAUGCUUUCACAGUAGCUCUUCGCAGGGCUAAUCUAAGCGUUAGGAAUCCUAAUGCUACAGAUAAUCAGCCGCCAAAAAAGGAAAAAAGCUUACCAUGGUGGGAUGAGAUGAGAAACUACAUUCAUGGGAAUAUCAGCUUAUGCAUGUCUGAGACCAGAUGGAAUGUUCUUGCCACAACUGAUCCUUACGAAAAGUGUGACAAACUUCAAAUUGUUUCUGGCCAUAUGGAAAUCCAGCAGUCAGAUGGUCGUGUUUAUAUGUCUGCGAAGGAUUUUAAGAUUUUUUUGAGCAGUUUGGAGAAUAUGCUAAACAACUGCAGCUUAAAACUUCCUACUGGAAGCAGGUCAGAUGCUUUCCUAGAGGCCCCGGUCUUUACUCUUGAAGUGACAAUGGAUUGGGAAUGUGAUUCAGGCAAUCCCAUGAAUCAUUACUUGUUUGCACUCCCGAAUGAAGGUGUACCUCGUCAAAAAGUUUUUGAUCCCUUUAGAUCUACAUCUCUCUCCCUGAGGUGGGAUUUCUCACUUAGGCCCUCUCUUCCCUCACAUGAGAGUCAACCACAAUCCUCCACCAUGGGAGACGAUGCUGCCCUGGAUGGCUCUAUAUCUAAGUCACAGAAUAUUUCAAUUGAUUCACCAACCGUAAUAGUUGGUGCUCAUGAUUUUGCAUGGUUGAUUAAAUUUUGGAACUUGAAUUACAUUCCUCCUCAAAAGUUACGGACCUUUUCACGGUGGCCUCGUUAUGGAGUUCCAAGAAUUCCUAGAUCAGGCAAUCUGUCAUUAGACAAGGUGAUGACAGAAUUUAUGUUCCGCAUUGAUGCAACUCCAACAUGUAUAAGGAACAUGCCUCUAGAUGAUGAUGAUCCGGCUAAAGGACUGACAUUUAAGAUGACAAAGAUGAAAUAUGAACUCUGUUUCAGUCGGGGUAAGCAAAAAUAUACAUUUGAAUGCAAGCGUGAUCUUCUUGAUCUUGUUUACCAGGGUCUUGACCUUCACAUGCCUAAAGGAUAUCUAAAUAAAGAAGAUUGCACAAGUGUUGCAAAAGUAAUUCAAUUGACAAGAAAAAGUUCAAAAUCUGCGUCCAUGGACACAGCUACAAACGAGAAAUCUGGCUGUAUGAGCAGCUGCACAGAGAAGCAUCGUGAUGAUGGAUUUUUGUUGUCAUCUGAUUAUUUUACAAUCAGACGGCAAACCCCAAAGGCUGAUCCUGCUAGGUUAUUAGCAUGGCAAGAGGCCGGAAGAAGAAAUCUUGAGAUGAUGCAUGUCAGGUCUGAGUUUGAAAAAGGGAGUGACAGUGACGAGCAUACACGAUCUGAUCCAAGUGAUGAUGAUGGUUAUAAUGUGGUGAUAGCUGACAACUGUCAACGCAUUUUUAUUUAUGGCCUCAAGCUUUUAUGGAAUCUUGAGAAUAGAAAUGCUGUUUGGUCUUGGGUUGGUGGAAUAUCCAAGGCAUUUGCACCUCCAAAGCCUUCUCCUUCUCGGCAGUACACGCAGAGGAAGUUGCUUGAGGACAAGCAGGUAGUUGAUAAACCUGAAAUGCCUCAUGAUGACGCAUCAAAGCCCACUUCAACCGAACAAGAUGAUACAUCAAAGCCCCCUUCACAGCUUACAGAGACUUCAGGAUCACUGUCUUCUCCACAGAACACAGUUGUAUUGGAAAAUCCAUCUUCUGGUGCAGUUGCAAAGAAUGGAAGCAAUGAUGAUUCUGAGGAGGGGACUCGACAUUUCAUGGUGAACAUUAUAGAGCCGCAAUUCAAUCUUCAUUCAGAAGAAGCCAAUGGUAGAUUUCUGCUUGCUGCUGCUAGUGGCCGUGUUUUAGCCCGUUCAUUAAAUUCAGUCGUUCAUGUUGGGUAUGAAAUGAUUGAACAAGCGCUUGGUACUGAAAAUGUACCUGUUCCAGAAUGUCAACCUGAAAUGACAUGGAACUGCAUGGAAUUUUCUGUGAUGUUGGAGCAUGUUCAGGCUCAUGUUGCACCAACCGAUGUUGACCCAGGGGCUGGACUGCAGUGGCUUCCAAAAAUCCGUAGGAGUUCUCCAAAAGUAAAGCGUACUGGUGCUUUGCUUGAAAGGGUGUUUAUGCCUUGUGAUAUGUUCUUCCGCUACACAAGGCACAAAGGCGGAACUGCAGACUUGAAGAUGAAACCCUUGAAGGAGCUCACCUUCAAUUCUCAUAAUAUAACAGCAACAAUGACAUCUAGGCAAUUUCAGGUUAUGCUUGAUGUGUUGACCAAUCUUCUCUUUGCUCGGGUUCCCAAGCCUCGAAAAAGUAGUGCUGAAGAUGAUGAAGAUGUAGAAGAGGAGGCAGAUGAGGUGGUUCCUGAUGGUGUUGAAGAGGUAGAACUUGCAAGAAUCAGUCUUGAACAGAAAGAGCGAGAGCGGAAGUUGAUUCUAGGUGACAUUAGGAAAUUGUCUACUCAUGGUGAUACUUCUGGAGCCAUACAUCUGGAAAAGGAAGGAGAUCUAUGGAUGAUUACUGGUGGAAGGUCCAUAUUGGUGCACAGACUAAAUAAAGAGCUUGGGAAUGUAAAAAAAUUAAGAAAGGAUGCUGCUUCUUCCUUAAGGAUGGCUCUGCAGAAAGCUGCACAGCUACGAUUUAUGGAAAAAGAGAAAAAUAAAACUCCAUCCUGUGCUAUGCGUGUUUCUGUGCAAAUUAACAAAGUGGUUUGGAGCAUGUUUGCAGAUGGUAAAUCUAUUGCUGAAGUUGAGAUAAAUGACAUGAUAUAUGAUUUUGACAGGGACUACAAAGAUUUUGGUGUCGCUCGGUUCACAACAAAAUAUUUUGUUGUGAAAAAUUGCCUGCCAAAUGCCAAGUUUGAUAUGAUUCUAUCACCAUGGAAUCCUCCUCCUGAAUGGGGAAAGUAUGCACUUCUCUCAGCCCUACUUGCUGCAUUUAUGAAUACCUAUAGGUUUUCUUUUCUUCAUGCAAUUUCAAUGUGUCACUGAAUGCCUUCGUUAUGG